CUGCCUUUGCUCAAGGCAAAAGGCUUCGGCGGAUGGAGUGCUUUUUCCUUUCCAAAAAUGCCUAUGAGUUUAAUUAAACUUCAAGUAUAAACCAGCUGGCAGGCGAUACCACCUUAUCAACUUGUUGACGGCUUGCAAUUCCAAGUGAAGAUGGGUGUCCUAGCUGUGCUAAUUCUCCCAUUGCUGGUGGUUGGAAUCAGCGGGAUUGUGUAUAUUUAUCGGACAGUUACUCAUCUGAUGUCAAAAUCUACCGUGCGGAGCAAAGUUGUAGUGAUCACUGAUGCUCUCUCCGGUGUGGGCAAGGAAUGCUCACGAGUAUUUCACUCAGGUGGAGCAAGGCUAGUUCUGUGUGGUAAACACCUGGAUAAGUUGGAAGCUCUCUAUGAUGCUUUAAACAGUGUGGCUGAUCCUACAGCAACAUUUACACCGAAGCUUGUCCUCCUAGAUCUUUCUGAUGUAAACUGCAUCCAAGACGUAGCUAAAGAAAUCCUGGAUUGCUAUGGAUGUGUGGAUAUACUUAUCAACAACGCUAGCACAAAGGUGAAGGGAACAGUGCAGAACAUAUCACUGGAAAUUGACAAAAAGGUUAUGGAUGCCAACUAUUUUGGGCCUAUAACACUCACCAAAGCCCUUAUUCCCAACAUGAUCUCCAGAAGAACUGGGCAAGUUGUGCUAGUCAAUAACAUCCAGGGGAAAGUAGGAGUCCCUUUUCGUGGAGCCUAUGCUGCUUCCAAGCAUGCUGCUCUGGGCUUCUUUGAUUGCCUGAGGGCAGAACUGCAGGAAUUUGGUGUUUGUGUCAGUACUGUGACUCCAAGUUUCAUACGUGCAUCCCAUGUUCAAGCACAGGCUAGCAACUGGGAAGCCUCCGUGUGGAAAUUCUUUUUCAGAAAACUGGCCAAUGGUGUCCACCCCGUGGAAGUAGCGGAUGAAAUUCUCCGGACAGUGAGCAGGAAGAAGCAAGAAGUGUUCAUGGCAAAUCCCCUUGCAAAGGCAGCUGUUUACAUUCGCACGUUCUUCCCAGACUUGUUUUUUGCUGUUGUGGCCGCUGGAGUGAAAGAAAAACAGAAAAUAGAAGAUGAAAAAUGAUUUGUAUCCUGCUCAUCUAAGUUGGCCGUAGGGUUGCCAGAAGCUCUCUAUUAUAUGGGCUGAUCCAUUGGGAAGCUAAAAGCAGGGAUGUUAGCAGAAGAUCAUACAACUCAAAAAUGAAACAAUGCAAUGUUUCUGGUUUGAGGAUUUGGAGGCAGUGGAGUUGGGAAUGGUAGUCUUUUCAACUACUACCAGUAUUAAAGGUGCACUCCUGGGCUCUGGAACUACAAUCCCCAGGGUGCUUUGUGAGCCAUCGGAAACACCUGUGCUUUGUCUCCUGGGAAUUGCAGUUACACAAGAAAGUUAAUAAAAUGGAGGAAGAGGCUAUGCUCUGCAUGUUGGCUCUUGUACUCAGAGAGGAGUUGUGGAAGUAGGGAGACCUAAAUAAACACAAAGAGAGAAAAUGAGGAUGUUCAGGCACCAGGGAUAACCAGAGAAAUAGUUGGGGCGAGUUUAUGUGUUUGUUAACAAAGUGUUGAGCUGGUAGGAAGCAAACUUGAUUUAGUGAAGAGGAAAUCCUCAGGAAGCAAAAGUGAAGUGCCUUGCCAAUAUUUGCACCAGAAUUUUCCCUCUUCCAACUUAAAAACCCAAAGAUUAUUUCGAUAGCUUCAAGUAGGGUUGAUUCUGAUAACUUGUAACUGUAAAGAAUUAUGGAAAUACUGGGUAAGCAGGGGAGCAUUCUUUGUUUCAAAAUAUAGAAAUCUGUACAUCUCCAGGUUUUAGGGCAAGCAGAUAAUUUUUGAAGCCCAAAAUAGGGAUGAGGGAGAAAUUCAAUUUUGUUUGCAAUUUAACGAGAAACUACCUAAUUUGUAAAGGAUAAAAUGGGAAGGGGGAGAACCAUUUACACAACCUUGAGCUCCUUGGAGGAAAGGUGGGACACUAAUGUAAUAAUCACUUAAAUGGAUAGUAAAUAUUUUAAAAUGAGCAUAGCGAGGCCAAAAACACGUUAGGUUAUGUUUUGUGUUAGCCUGUGAUGCAUUUGAAAAGAUGAGACUUUUUGUAAAGUUCAGCUGAAGCAGAGCUGGGGUAAUUAUUAGAGGACAAUGUUGGAAGGAAAAAACGAGAGGCGGUCAGUUACAAGCAUGGUAGCACCAGAACUAAUUUUGGGCUUAGGUCUGUAUAUAUGUAAUAUCUCCUGCAGUACAUGCACUUGUGCUACAUCCUGGCCCUAGCCCUGCCUGCCCUGCAGGAAAGCAUGUUUGCAAUGCCAGCAGAGCAAACACUAUCUGUAUACAGUAGUUGCAAGAGCAAUGUCUGCACAGGGGGGAUAAUAUCAUUGCAUUUGUAUUGGUUGUAGCGGGAGCGUGUGGAGGUUUUUAGGUUGUUUGAGCAACAGGCAUGCCUCACGUACUGCUUGAAGGAAACUGAGGUGAAUGCAUCCAUUCUGAAAACAGUGUGUGCAUGUGAACGAGGGGAGGGGGCCGAAGUGAAAAAUGGCGGCUGUUAGGCUUGCAUUUGCUGUAGAACUUUCAGCUGUUGGGGCCCAAACAGUGCACAUAAUGGAGGUGUGCUUUUCUCCUUUUCCCUGUCCCAGAGUAGGGAUGGGAGACAAGCCCUGCAAGGUCUUCCCUGACUCCACUGCCUCUUCCUUUAUUUCUUCUUGGCCCACCAGCUUAAAUUUAUAGCACAUGUGCUCCCUUCAAAAAGAGAAUCCACUUCCUCGAAACACCUUCGUAGGUGUACAAAAUAGGAAAAGCAUAUGACGAAUACAAUUAGGAAUAUUUGAAAAGGAUAUGUACCAGUAUUUGCAUUUCCCAAAUUUCUAGGUUUCAGAUCAAGCAACCCUACCCAGAAGUGAUAUAAAUAAAGUCCUUGUUUCAACUUUG